GGCUUUCUGCUCCUGAGGAGGCUCCGGAGAAAACACGCUUUCUGACAGUCCCGCUCUUGUUUUGUGGAAACAUGACAGACAUUCUGGCCCGGAUUAAAAAGAGUGUCGCGGAUAAGAAGAAGACGCCUGUUGCCCAGAGCGAUCUGCAGAAGUGGGGUUUAAGAGGGAUCCAGCUGAGAGCAUACCAGCUGGAUGGAGUCCAGUGGUUAACCCAGUGCCUCAGCAACCAGCAGGGGUCCAUCCUGGGAGAUGAGAUGGGUCUGGGAAAAACCUGCCAGACGAUCUCUCUGCUGGUGUACAUUUCUGGUGCUCUUGGAAAGAAGGGUCCGUUUCUGGUGCUGAGCCCGCUGUCUGUCCUGGAGAACUGGAGGAAUGAGCUGGAAUGCUUCGCCCCCUCUCUGAACGUCCUGUGUUACAAAGGAGACAAAGAGAGACGGGCUGAGCUUCAAAGGGAAACCAAGACACAGGACUUCCAGGUUCUGCUCACUACAUACGAGAUGUGUCUCAAAGAUGCUUCGUUCUUAAAACAGUGGAAGUGGAAGGUGCUUGUGGUGGACGAAGCUCACAGGCUGAAAAAUCAAAACUCCCUCUUGCAUGUAACGUUGACUCAGUUCUCGGUUGGUUUCCGAGUCCUGCUGACCGGGACUCCCAUUCAGAACAACAUACAGGAGCUGUACUCGCUGCUGACCUUCAUUCAGCCGAACAUCUUCACAGCAGAUGAAUCGGACCGCUUCGUCAAGGUUUACUCACAAGUACAAAGUCAGCCUUCUCUGGCUGCUGAGCUCCAGAGCAUCUUGGAGCCUUUCCUUCUUCGUCGGAUCAAGUCAGAGGUGGCUGUUGAUCUGCCCAAGAAGACAGAGCUGGUGGUGUAUCACGGCAUGUCAGUGCUGCAGAAGAAAUAUUACAAAGCUGUUCUGAUGAAGGAUCUGGAGGCUUUUGGAAAUGAUCAGGGCAACAAGAACCGGCUGCUGAACAUCUUGAUGAAUCUAAGAAAGUGUGUUGACCAUCCAUACCUCUUCGACGGAGUGGAACCGGAGCCUUUUCAGAUUGGCGAGCAUCUGGUUGAAGCAAGUGGAAAACUGUGUCUUCUGGACAGCCUGCUGACCUUCCUGCACAAAGGAGCCCACCGGGUUCUGCUGUUCUCUCAGAUGACGAGGAUGCUGGAUAUUCUUCAGGACUACAUGGAGUACCGAGGUUACAGCUACGAACGUCUGGAUGGGUCCGUCCGUGGGGAGGAGCGAAAUCUUGCGGUGAAGAAUUUCGGCAGCAAAGAUAUCUUCGUUUUUCUUCUCAGCACGAAAGCAGGUGGAGUGGGUUUGAACCUGACUGCUGCCGACACCGUCAUAUUCGUGGACAGUGAUUUCAACCCUCAAAACGACCUUCAAGCUGCAGCGCGCUGCCAUCGCAUUGGCCAGACCAGGCCUGUGAAAGUGAUCCGCCUCCUGGCGAGAGACACCGUGGAGGAGAUCAUGUAUUCCAGAGCGGUCUCCAAGCUGCAGCUCACCAACACCGUGAUCGAGGAGGGACGCUUCUCCUUACUGGACCAGGCUCAGUCGGCCGCCGCAGGCCUGCAGCUGAGCGAGAUCCUGAAGUUCGGUAUCGACAAGCUUCUGUCAUCGGACGAGAGCUCCAUACAGGAAAUCAAGCUGGAGAAGAUCGUGGGCUCGUCGCGUGACGGCCAGUGGGUGGAGGAUGAAGAGCAGAGUCCGCUCAGAGAGGAGGAAGAGGACGAGGAGGAGGACGCUGAAGUGGAGGGACAGGACCACAUGUACUACUUUGAAGGGAAAGACUACAGUAAAAACCCCAGCUCCGACGACCAGAAGAGCUUUGAGCAACUGUUGGAGGAGCAGCUGGCCGAGUUCCAGAAGGCCGCGGGAGAGGGACGAGCUCUGCGGCACAAGGCUGGAGUUUCCCUAUCCGUCACCCUUGGCGUUCCGUCCAGGAAGAGGAAACCUCUCACUGAGGCGGAGCUGGAGCUGAGGCGGCAGAAGAGAGCAGAGGCUGCAGCCAAGAGAGCCAAACUCCAGGAGGACCUGGAGAAGAAGAAGCAAGAGCAGAAAUAUAAGAAAAAAAUGGCGUGGUGGGAGUCCUGCGGCUACAGGUCGCUGUGUCUGCAGCCUGUGGACAGCGAGGAAGAAGAGGAGGAGGAGGAGGACAACAGCAGCACGUGCUUCUCAGACUCCGACAGGACGGAUAUCCAGUACGUGUUGGGGGAUGUCACUCACCCUCACACCGCUCAGGGAGACGCCAUCAUCGUCCACUGUGUCGAUGACUCGGGCCGUUGGGGCAGCGGCGGCCUGUUCACGGCGCUGGAGGUGAGAUCCGACGAGCCACGAAAGCAGUACGAGUUGGCUGGCAAGAUGAAAGAUUUAGGUCUGGGAAACGUGCUGCUUUUCCCCAUCGAUGACAAGCAGUCCAGGUUGAAUGGCCAAGACAAUUUGGCCCUCAUUGUGGCGCAGGAGCGGGACAAAGCCAACAACCUGUCGGGGAUCUUUCUAACGGCCCUGGACGACGGCCUGAAGAAGAUUUACGCUGCAGCCAAGAGAAAGAACGCAAGCGUUCACCUCCCCCGUAUCGGUCACUCCACCAAAGGCUUCAACUGGUACGGCACAGAGAGGCUCAUCAGGAAGCACCUGGCGUCCCGGGGCGUCCCCACAUUCAUAUACUACCACAGCAGAGCGGGCAAGAAAACAGCCGCACCUCAGGCGUCCACAUCUGCUGCCUCAACUUCAGCGUCUUCCUCCUCCUCCUCCUCCUCCUCCGCUGACCCUCGGAUGAAACCCUCGUCCGGGCAGAGCGGCCGGGCGGAGGCGGAAGCCCCGGGUCCUUCUGUGGCUCAGACUCAGAGCCGCAGCUCGGCAGAACUCCCCAGCUUCAUGAAGGGCGUGCGUGUGUUCUUCUACAACCUCCCUGCGUCGGAGAGGAAGACGCUGGCCCGCUACCUCAUCACUUAUGACGGCGAUGAGGAGGAGAUCAUGAGUCCGGAGGUCACCCACAUAGUCGCAGAGGUGGAGAGCAGCAUCCACUCGCAGGAGCUCCAGGAUCUGGUUUCUAAGUACCCCCAGGCUGUCGCUGUGCAGAAGGCCUGGCUGGAAGCGUGCUUCUCCAAACAGCAGAAAGUCAACACUGCGCAGUUCCUGCACGAGCUGAGAUGAACCUGCUCUUUAUGAGACGAACCUGCUUUUUAUGACAUGAACCUGCUUUUUAAUGCCGUUUCUUGAUGGCGCUUCUUCGUGAGCCAGUCGGACUGCUGCUUCCACAAAUGCUAUGCAACAAAUCAUAUCAAAAAAAGCCGAUGCACCUAUAUGACAUAAUGAGCUUAUUGAACAAAGCAGCCUUUUAUCUCUGUUGGAGUGUAAAGUUGACACUUGUCUUGGUUUGCAGUUUGCUGUUUGUAACACUAAUCAACCUUGGUUUGACUAAUAAAUUGGUCAUAUAAAUGUAGUGUCUGUCUGUGUGAUUUAUGUUUUGAAGACCUAAAUCCAGAGCAAAAACAAAAAGUACUGAUACCAUAGUGGCUGUUACAGUGCUAUCAUCCCUGACUUCAUGAUUUGUCUUGAAUUACCUGCUGUAAUUGCUAAUAUGGAUUAACUUAGUAACUCAGUGUCUCAGUCAUUUGCUUUCUGAAAUGAUCACAGACUGAUAAAUAUUGGCAAGCUCCCAUAACUAAUGUGGAGUUACAUACAGCUCACAAAGAGCUGAAGUGACUACAUCUGAAAUAUGACAGAUGAAACAAAUUAAACAGCCGAGCCAGCUAAAAUGUCAAACACUGAUAAACAUAAGAAGAGAUAAAACAUCUUAAGAAGCCCAAAGUAGCUUAAAUAAAACUUAAUAAAUCAUCUUUCAUGGUUUAAAGUGCUAAAACAGUUGAGGUGUCUAUUUCAAUGUCCAUAAAAGUCUUUUCCAAAUGAGAAACAAUAAAAUGAGCAGCUACAACUGUAAAAACUACAAAGAAAGAUGACUCUAAAAACAGCAGAAAGCUCUUUCGUUUAAACAGCUGAAAUGACAAGAAAUACCAAUAUUCUUCUGUUUGAAUUACCUUUUGUUUGUUGGUUGCUUUUUUUGUUUUCUUGUUUUUUAAUAUAAUUUCUGAAUUUCUUUCUCUUUGUGAAGCAUUCUGA